AAUUGUAUAAAAUCCAGCUAUUUAAAUUAAAUUACUGUAAAAUAUACUGCAGGGUAUUUUUAAUGUUAUCGAUUAAUUUUUAACGAUGCGUGAUGAUUUAGUUUGAUUUUUCGAUGUAAUUGCGCCAAUGUAAUUCAAAUUUGAAGUGUGCCAAAUCAACCUUAAAAGUGGGGUUACAAUCGUUAAUUUUUUCUGGUUUAUUGCAGCCAUGGCAGAUAAUGAGGAUUUAGGGUUAGGUGACGAUCAGUUAGAUUCUUAUGAUGAUACAAAUGGUAUGCAUGAUGAGAAUUUGCUCAACGAUACUGAUGGAGAUGGGGUUGGGGAAAAUGACCCCGAAUUGGAGCAAAUUAAAGCUCGAGUGCGCGAAAUGGAGGAGGAGGCCGAAAAAUUGAAACAACUUCAAAGUGAAGUCGAUAAACAAAUGAACAUGGGCAGCCCUCCAGGCCUAACAAGUCCUUUAAAUAUGUCAUUGGAAGACAAGAUGGAGGCUGACAAUCGGAGUAUUUAUGUAGGUAAUGUGGAUUAUGGUGCCACUGCGGAAGAGUUAGAGCAACAUUUCCAUGGUUGCGGUGCAAUUAACAGAGUUACAAUACUGUGUAAUAAAUAUGAUGGACAUCCAAAGGGUUUUGCUUAUAUUGAAUUUGGAGAUAGGGAUUACGUACAAACAGCCAUGGCUAUGGAUGAGUCUCUGUUUAGAGGAAGACAAAUUAAGGUUAUGCCUAAGAGGACAAACAGGCCAGGAGUGUCGACUACAAACAGACCACCUAGAGGCAGGGGAACUUUUAGGGGAGCUAGAGGAGCUGGGCGUGGUUUUUAUGCAGGUUUUAGACCUACUCGUAGGCCCAGACGAGGUGGAUAUUUUGCGCCCUACUGAUGAGAGAGGUAAAUUGUAAGGAAACCUCAUAUUACACAUUUUCUUUUUUAAUUUUAACACCCACCCAAAAAUUUCAAGUCACUUCCAAUAAAAAAAUAUAUCACCCAAAAGAAAAAACCGUUGAAAAAAAAAAGACUUUUAUCCCACAAACCAAACCAAAUUUAUACUAAUGAAAGAAAAACAGUGAUGAUAUUUCCUUAGAGAGUAUGAAAACCCUAAAUUUAGUCCAUAAGUUAAUUAUAAUGAUAAAUAUUUGAUCGAAUGAUCUGGUGAAUGUUCAUUAUGAUGUAUGAGUGUUUUAACAUAAUUGACAAUUAAAAAAAAUGUCGUUUUUUGCAAGAAAAAAACAAAUAUUUUCGUUUUAUAAUACUUUUAAUGUUGCAACGAGUUGCAGGUUUCUUCAGCAUGUAGAAGGGUUCCGUUUUUUUAAUUUAAUUCAUUUAAUUCACUUAAAAAAGUAUUUAGAAAAUAUUAAUUAAAAAAAAAUGUAAAAAAAUUAUUGCAUUGUACAUUAAAUAAUAA